CAACAACAGCAGCAGGUCGUAAAUCAAAUCGAGGACGUUCUUCAACAAUGUCACAAAAACGUAUUAAUCUUCGACAACAACCUAUUGAUGUAUCAGAAAGUUCAGAAAAAAAAGAUACUAAAAAUAUUUAUGAAGAAAUCGAUACUAUUACUGAAAAUAAAGAAUCAACAACAAAAACUUCUGGUCGAAAAAGAAAAAGUACAACACCUGUAACAACAAUUUCUACUAAACGAAGUCGUCGAACAACACCACAAACAGUACCAACAAUGCGUACUCGUCGUCAACAACCUCCUACAAUUGAAAUAUCUCCAAUAGUUACUAAAUCUAAUAGACGUACACCUGUUGGAAAACAACAAGAACAAAUAGUUACUCCUCCUGAUAUUACAACAACUCAUAGUACGACACCAAAACGUGGUAGAAAAUCAACAAAAUUAAAUACACCAAUUGAAAAAUCUCCCGAAAAAUCAAAUUCAAUUGUUGAUCGACCUAUUCGUAUUGCUUUAAGUAGUCAUUUGAAUUUUGAUCAAAAUCAUAUUGAUACAUUAGGUAAAUUAGGUUUUGAAAUAAUGGAUGAAUCAUGUCAAGUUGAUGCUCUUGUUGUUGAUCGUAUAAGACGUACAAAAAAAUUUUUUAUGUGUCUUGCACGUGGUGCACAUAUAUUAUCUCCUCAAUGGAUUGAAUUAAUGAUAAAAGAAAAUCGUUAUAUACAAUAUGAUAAAUAUUAUUUAGAAGAUAAAAAUGCUGAAACACGUUAUGGAUUUCAAUUACGUGAAAGUGUUCGUUUAGCUAAACAAGGUCUUAUUUUUGAAAAUUAUAAAUUUUUUUGUACAAAAGAUACAUCACCACCAUAUGAAGAUUUAAAAGAUAUUAUUCAAGCUGCUGGAGGUAAAUUAAUUGAAAAAAUUAAUAUAAAUAAACCAGGAAAAGAUAUUAUUUGUAUUGUUGCACAAACACAUAAAAAUCAAUAUGAAGAUUUAUUUAAAAAAAAUAUUCCUAUUCUUAGUGAAGAAUUUAUUUUAAGUGGAAUAUCAAAACAAAAACUUGAUUUUGAUUCUUUCUCUUUAUUUCAAAAUGCUACAACUAUUAAAACAAAUACUGGAAAAUAA